CUGCGUGGGCGGAACCAAGAGCCUGGCGGGGGGUCUCCUGAAUGGCGGUUCUCCCAGAACCUCCAGAGAUGUCACAGGCCCAGCACUGUGGCUCGUGGCCGACCGCGUCCUGGAGGGUCUCGCUGUGUUUAUCCCUGUGAGGUCCUUCUACAGAGCUUUCAAGGAAGACAGAGUUCAGCCUGUUUAUUGGGAAGACUUUAAUCCUUCCCAAGACAUCUACUGUGUCACCGUACCACUGUGGCCCAGCGCCUGGUGGAGUGAGUCCAGAGCCCCAGGGGUGUCCCCUCCCCGCCUUUCUCCUGGUGUCUAGGGGCACCCAGAAACCCUCACCCCAGAUUAGACCAGCUCGUUGGCAACGUCCCUGAGACAGAAGAGAGACACAGAGAGAAGAGGCACGGAGGAGCCGGCCAUGGAGAGAUACAGCAGAAGCUGGAGGCGACGGGAGGAUCCUGGCCCAGAGCCUCCGGAGGGAGUGGGGGCCGUGUUCCAGAAGCCUGAGAGUCCUGCGUGUUGUUCUGAGCCCCUAAGGCUGGGGUAACUUGUUCCAGCAGUCAUGGGAAACUGACACAUCCCAAACACAGCAGCACGAGAACAUAGGACUGAGACACCAUCCCCAUCACACCCCAACACACGAAGACUGACGGUGGCGGGUGCUGCACGUCUCAGCCGGAGCUCUGAAGGCAUUUAGCUGAGCGCUGGCCUGCACCUGGAGAGAGUGAGAGACACCAGCCUCCACUGCCAGGAAGGCCCAGGGUCCUCAGGGACCAAGACGCAGGACACGGCCGCUCCCAGGGUCCUCGGGACUUCUGUGCGGCCUUCGCUACCGGAGCCCCGAGGCGCCAUCCCCAUGUGCCCUUCGGGCUGGUCCAGGAGGAGGCCCUGUGGCGGCCACAGACUGGGGGGACAAAGCCCCAGGAACUCAGAACCUUGUGGAUUUUGGAAGAGGAGCCGUGCAGCACGGUCCCGACGCCUGCAGGGAGCUGAACGGGGAGCCGCGCGAGGAAGGGAGCGCAGCAGACCCAGUACGCAAAUGCUGACCCUACAAAAUGCACGGUGGGUUCUCGAGCAGUGGGGAUCGCGGCGGUGCUCUCCAGAGACCGCAGCUGCAGGAGCUGGGCGGUCCCCGGCAGGUGCCACGAGGGUGCGAUCUCGUCCGAGAACCACCAGGCGUCCACGUCCACGGAGGGACUCAUUCUCCGUGCCCAUCUCACGGGGAGCAAAGGAGGCGGAGGGAGCCUCGGACUCACUGGGUUCUGACCCAGACCCUUCUCUUCUGCAGGGUGGAGUCCUCCUCCCAAAGAAGCCCAGACGUUCGUUUGGGAGACCCAGGGACACUCCGGGCCAUCGCCUGCCCCUCUUUGGGGCUCCCAGGGGAGACUUCACGCAGUGCCCAGUGUCCUCCCGCUGGGAUCCUCCUGCCCCCGAGGGGCGCCCGUGUCCCCCAGCACCCCAAGGAAGAGAAUGA